UGGUUGUGAUAUAUACUGUGCUAUAGUUUUGUAAGAUGUUGCCACUGGGAGAAACUGGGUAAAGGGUAUUUUUUCUUACAGCUGCAUGUGAAUCUACAAUUUUCUCAAAAUUAAAACUCUAGUUUAAAAAAUAUAUAGACAUAGAUCUAUCUAUCUAUCUGUAUAAGAAACUGAGGCUCAGAGUAGUUAAAUAAUUUUCAGCGGCAAGAUUCAAACCCAGGUCUUCCAGCCUCCCAAGCCUGGGUGUUUCAAGACUUGGCUACAUUUGAGAGAACCAGGUAGGAGGAAGAUCCCAUCGGCCUUGCAGUCCACCAGACCAGGUGGUUCUCUGGCCUCAUGGGCACCUUUGUUACUGGGGACUACUGUCCUGUAAACGGUAUUAGAGGGUGGCUCGCAAGGAUUGUCUGUCAAGCCCUGCGAGUUGGUGCCGAGGACGGAGAUUUGAUCAUCAGGUUUCCCCUUUCUGAAGCUUGUGAAGGGUGAUGGUGGCGGUGGUGGGUUGUGCAUGUAUGUGUAUGGCAGAUGGAAAAACUGCCCGUGUGUGUUUGUCUAUGUUGGUGUCUCUGGCUGUGUCCACAUGUCUCUCUGUGCAUCAUUGGUCAGUGUCUCUGUGGAUGUGUCUAUUUCGGUGGGGGAAGGGCGAUGUGUAAGUUAUGCUUCUAUGUGCAAGUGGGUGUAUAUGUUAUAUUUGAAAGUACCUGUGCCAGGUCUGCGUGCAUCACACCCACAUAAGUUGUUUCCAUGAGGUUAAACUAUAUGAUAAUACCUCACCCCAAGCAAAGCUGGCUAUUGAGUUAGCUGGUCAACUGAGUCUGUGUACUGUAGAUAAACUGGGUAAUUGGCCUCUCCGCCUCUUCAACCAAAACAAACACAAAAGCCCGCCCCCACACCGGAGGGAGUCUGUGCCCGUCAUCUGGGUGCUUGGUUCUAGUGCCCUGCUUUCCUUGACCCCCUGUAGACAAGGUAAGCGCUUCCGCGGCGGGGCUUCUGUAAAGAGGUCACAGCACGCUGUGUCCCGGGACGCACGCGGAUUCCUGCACAGGUGUGGUGGCUGCGGAUGGGGACGGAGUGGAGCAGGCUCGCCGACCUCCUCCCUGGCGGCGGCUCCGCUUCUCCUUCCUGCUGUUCACUUCAUCUCCUCAUCUGCAUGUGUGACAGCGGCGCGCGGACUGGGGAAGGACAGAGCGCCCUCUCCCCGGUUCCCGUGCAGCCGGGCGGGGGCUCCGGGCUCCCCGGUGAUGCGUCGUCUGCGCCUCGCCGCCGCGCUCCCCGGGCCUGGCAGCGGCCAGGCGUGGACGCCGCCGGACCGCUGAGACUCGGGGCACGGUGAAGCACUGGCCCGCGUCUGGCUGGGGCCGGCGCUCGGGAGCCAGAUGGAGGUGGCGAUAGGGGCCGUGGGAGCCGGCGCCGAGUAGCCGGUGGACCCCCGCGCUCGCACCUCUCCCGGCGCCCGGGCGCUCCCCGAGGCUGCCAUGGAGGUGCCUAACGUCAAGGACUUCCAGUGGAAGCGCCUGGCGCCACUGCCCAGCCGCCGGGUCUACUGCUCCCUGCUGGAGACCGGGGGCCAGGUCUAUGCCAUCGGGGGAUGUGACGACAACGGCGUCCCCAUGGACUGCUUCGAGGUCUACUCCCCCGAGGCCGACCAGUGGACCGCCUUGCCCCGGCUGCCCACAGCCCGGGCAGGGGUGGCCGUCACCGCCCUGGGGAAGCGGAUCAUGGUGAUUGGGGGCGUGGGCACCAAUCAGCUGCCCCUGAAGGUCGUGGAGAUGUACAACAUCGAUGAGGGCAAGUGGAAGAAGAGGAGCAUGCUGCGUGAGGCCGCCAUGGGCAUUUCUGUCACGGCCAAAGAUUACCGAGUAUAUGCGGCAGGCGGGAUGGGCCUGGACCUACGUCCACACAACCACCUCCAACACUAUGACAUGCUCAAGGACAUGUGGGUGUCCCUAGCACCCAUGCCCACCCCGAGAUAUGCUGCCACCUCCUUCCUCCGAGGCUCCAAGAUCUACGUGCUGGGGGGACGACAGUCCAAGUACGCGGUCAACGCUUUCGAGGUCUUUGACAUCGAGACUCGCUCCUGGACCAAGUUUCCCAACAUUCCCUAUAAGCGGGCCUUCUCCAGCUUUGUGACCCUGGACAACCACUUGUACAGCCUGGGAGGCCUGCGGCAAGGUCGCCUCUACCGGCAGCCCAAGUUCCUGCGGACGAUGGACGUGUUCGACAUGGAACAGGGGGGAUGGCUGAAGAUGGAACGAUCAUUCUUCCUCAAGAAGCGGCGGGCAGAUUUUGUGGCCGGCUCUCUGAGUGGACGGGUCAUAGUGGCUGGGGGACUUGGGAAUCAACCCACUGUCCUGGAGACGGCGGAAGCAUUCCACCCAGGGAAGAACAAAUGGGAGAUCCUCCCUGCCAUGCCCACACCCCGCUGUGCCUGCUCCAGCAUAGUCAUCAAGAACUGCCUCCUCACCGUGGGAGGUGUCAACCAGGGUCUGAGUGACGCAGUGGAGGCCCUGUGUGUCUCUGACUCCUAGCUGUCUCUGGGCUCAGUACCUUUGCCCUGGACCAUAUCACUUCACUCUUAACAUGAGGAAUGAUCUUGUCCAAGCAGUCGGGGCUACUUCUGAGAAUGUCAGCUCCUGUUAGCAGCCAGUGGAGCCUGGCCUUGGGGUUCUAAGUUGACCUCUCUAUAGCUCCAAAUCCUACCAAUCUCAGAAAAGUGUAAGAGGCACAGAUGACUCCACCAGCUGCAGAGCUGACUCUGAAGAGAGUCUCCACUUACUGCACAGACACAGAAAGGCACAGGAAUAUUUCCUACCUCUCCCUCCUGUGAGUCCCACCUCCCCCCACCCACAUCUCCAGGAGGCAGGUAGAGCAAUUCUGACCGAGAGGAUAAACUGCUGUUGCUGUCUUUCCUCAGCUCUGAACUAGUUUUAAGGUUGCUUAGGAUGAAAAAUGGAGAAUGAUUGGGGGUUCCAAACCCCUUUCUUCUCCCUUGGCUUAUAUCUCUUCACCAUUUGGUGGUCAACUGUGGGCCUACCCUGGACCUCAUCUACUCAGCGAGAAUUGGACAUGAAGCUAGAGGCAGCUGCCUUGGAAGGGAAGUCAGGCUCACUUGGACAGCCCAGGCCAUGGCAGGAAGAAUCCCUUCCUCUUGGGGUCCUUGGUGGGCAUGUGAUAAUGGGGAAGGAGCAGUCUCCCAGCCCUGGGUCUGCUCCCCACAUCUCUCCUAAUUCCACUUCACCUUUUGCCACCCCCUCCCCACCAGAGGCCUAGCCCUUUUGUCAGCGAAGGCCCCCAGAGUGUUUCUGUGUGAAACCCUCUCAUUUACACUGUGGCAUCAAAAUCCACAAAAGAUGGAUUAAUUGCACUCUGGUUAAUAGCAGCAGCACAAUGAUUAAAAUCUAUAUUCCUAUCUUCUCUAGCACCCUGGUGUGGGGGUGGGGCAGAAGGGUGUUUUGAGGGGCAGGGAGGACCCCAUAAAACAAGCCCUCCGUCAUUCUCAGGCUAGGUAGGGCCCCCAGUGACCACCUGUUCUUGGCUGUCCCCUCUGAAGAGCUCUGCCUUCUCACAGCCACCACCAGUUGCCCCACUCCCAGGAAAACAGCACAUAUUCUUCUUCUCCUGCCUUGAGACUGCAUGUUAGUCUUCCAUUCAGAACUCAUCAGCAGCUUAGUCCUUCUUAUGUCUAGUCUCAGUUCAUUCAGCCAAAGCUCAUUUUUGUCCUAUCCAAAGUAGAAAGUGUUCUUUUAGAAAACUUGAAGAAUGUGCCUCCUCUUAGCAUCUGUUUCUGACUCCCAGUUAUUUUUAAAAUAAAUGAUGAAUAAAAUGCCUGUCCUGAAGGGUUCUGGAGGAGUCAGUAUCACUCAUCAGGUGAUAGUGUAAUUCUUUCUCCAGGAGGCAGGAACGGAGGAGGAUCACCUAUCUGGAUCUGAGGGGUCCAGGGAGCCUCCUGGAGGGAGGGAGUGUGACAUCUUCAGCUGGAUCUUCAGGGACAAGUGGAACCUGGGUUUUUACAGGAUACGGAUUUUUUUCCCCUCCCUUUCUCUGGGUACUUGGACUUUUUCCUUACUUGGGUCCAAGAAGGGCACUGCCACCUGCUGGCCCAGCAUUUCCCUUCCCCCUCCCCGGGUUGGGAGGCCUCCUGUAGCCGCUGCUGCCCCCUAGUGAGGAAACUGCAGAGAGGCCUCCCCUGCUGCUUCUGGAUCCCUGUAUUUGAGUUCAGCCCCUGAAGUAACAGAUAGAAACAGGAGCUGGAGGAGCUGCAGAUACUAUAAGGGAUGUUGGAACUAUGCGUUAGGGGAUGCUCUUCCAAAGGCAUCCUGUCUUCUCAAUCCCCUACCCAAGAAAGGUGUUUAGCAACAGGAGUGCCUCCACCCCUUGCAAGAGAAACCCAAGCCUUAUGGGAGGGGGCAUUUCCAAGCACACAAAGUGGUCCCAUAUGCACGGAUAGGGCUGAGCUUUUUUUUUUUGAGACAAGGUCUUGCUCUGUUGCCCAGGCUGGAGUGCAGUGGUGCGAUCAGGGUUCACUGCACUCUCCGCCUGGGCUCAAGCAAUCCUCCCACCCCAGCCUCCCAAGUAACUGGCCCUAGACUCAAGCGAUCCUCCUGCCUCGGACUCUCAAAGUGCUAGAUUACAAGCCUCGGCCACCAUUCCCAGACAAUGAGGCAUUUUUGAAUGGUCAGACGGAACCUUGGGAGUACAGAGAGCUCUAAAAGAUUGAAUUAGCCGCUGGAACCUGUGAGGGCAACUCAGGGCUGGAGCUGGUAUCUGCUGAGGACUGACCCCUUGGAAGUCCAUUCUGGAAAGACUUUAGGGGUGCCUCACUGAGGAAUGAGGGAAAUACUGAAUGUCUGUUAAGCCACGUGGUCCUGUACCUCAUGGUGCUGCAGAGGCAGCACAGGAUCUGGGGUAAGAUGGCCUGGCCCAGGCCUCGCUCCCCCACCCCCAUAGGCUUUCCCGUCCACUUUCCACUGUGGGAAGGCUCCUUACCUUUCCUGUCUUCAUUUCCCAACCUACACAACAGCAAUCAUAAUGCUUUCUCACAGGUGGUAAGGUACUUCCUUCAACCCUCAGAUCAACUCCAUGAGGUAGGUAGUAUCCUCCCAUUUUGCAGAUGAGAAAACUGGGGCUCCAGGGUCACAAGCUCAUAAGUGACUGAACCAGGUCUGAUUCCAAAACUUGUGACCACAGCACUGCAUUGCCUCAUGUGAAACAGCACCAGGAAAGGAAAGAAAAUCAACUGCGCUAUACUAUGUAGGAAGUUCAAAAUGUCUCAAAAUCUAGACGGAUUGAGACUGUUUCCUAAGGAAUGAGUGUGAGUAUUCGCAAGGAAUGGGUGAGAAGGGCUUCCUAAUGUGAAAUGGGCAUAGAUUAUUCCUAAAUGUAUACUCCCAGGAAAGUUCCCUUCUAACUUUUUCAUUCCAUUAUUUAACAUUUAACACCUAUUCUGUGCCUGGCAUGGUGCUAGAUUCCUGCCCUAUAGAAGUUACAUCUUGGGAGGAAGACAGGGGACCAUGGCUGCCGUUACUGUUUGAUCAGUGUCAGCCUUUGCUAGUGCAACUCAGAGGCACCCCAUUCAGGGUGGUUGCAGAGAGCUGAGAUGAAUUGAAGAGUUCAGUGCAGGUUUCCAGGAAAUAAAUCUCAAACUUCACUUUGAAAGAAGAGGGAAUCCAGGUGCGGGGGCUCACACCUGUAAUCCCAGCACUUUGGGAGGCCGAGGCGGGCGGAUCACCUGAGGUCAGGAGUUCGAGACCGACCUGACCAACAUGGAGAAAUCCUGUCUCUACUAAAAAUACAAAAUUAGCCAGGCAUGGUGGUGCAUGCCUGUAAUCUCAGCUACUCGGGAGGCUGAGGCAGGAGAAUCACUUAAACCCGGGAGGUGGAGAUUGCAGUGAGCUGAGAUCACACCAUUGCACUACAGCCUGGGCAACAAGAGAGAAACUCUGUCUCCAAAAAAAAAAAAAAGAAAAGAAAGAAAGAAAGAGAGAAAGGAAAGAAAGAAAGAAAGAAAGAGAAA